CUUGAUGUCCUAGUGUCAUUUUGCAACUGUAAAGCAUUCAUAGCUUUGUUACUAAUUCCACAUGAUGAGUAAUUGUGAUUAUGGACAUUACUAGUAAAUAUGUUUUCAUGUAAUAUAUUACAGAUUACUUCACAAAAUGAGCCACUGAAAGCUGUUAUGGUAUGGUUCCAUGGAGGUGCAUUUGGAUUUGGAUCAGGAAACACUGAUCUUUAUGGUCCAGAUUAUUUUGUUGCUGCUGAUGUUAUUGUAGUCACAUUGAAUUACCGCCUUGGAGCUCUUGGCUUUUUAAGUUUAGAAGAUGCAACUAUACCGGGCAAUAAUGGCCUUAAGGACCAAGUAGCUGCCCUCAGAUGGAUUCAGCAGAACAUCAUAAACUUUGGCGGUGAUCCAGAUAAUGUUACAAUAUUUGGUCAAAGUGCUGGUGGUGCCUCUGUACAAUAUCAUUUGAUAUCUCCAAUGUCAAAAGGACUUUUUCACAAAGCAAUUGCACAGAGUGGCUCUGUUUUUAAUCCUUGGGCAAGCAGAAAAACUUUGAAGGAGAGGUCGUUUGCCUUGGGUGCUGUGCUGGGAUGUAAAACGAAUGAUCCAAAAGUGCUAAUUGAUUUUCUCAGGACUUCCACUCCAAAACAGAUAGUAGAAGGCACUGCAAGAAUAGUAACUCCUGAUGACAAACGAAGAGGAAAGAACAUACCAUUUUUACCAAUACCAGAAAAGGACUCUGGCAGUUUAGAAGAAGUUUUCCUACCCGAUAAUCCACAAAAUAUUGUAAAAUCAGGAAAAUUCUGUGAUGUGCCUUAUCUUACUGGAAUUACUUCUCAUGAAGGCAUGAUGGAGCUUAAAAAUAUUCUAAAAAAGCCAGAUUUGCUGAAAGAAAUAGACAAUGACUUUGAAAGAUUGGUGCCGGAAGAUAUGGAACUGGGAGAAAAAAGUGGAAGAUUGAAGAAAGCCAGUGAUAUGAUAAGACAGUUUUAUUUUGAUGGUAAACCAUUCACAAAAGAUAACAUAAUGGAUUAUGUAAAUUUGCAGACUGACAUAAUGAUAGCACACGGGUUGUAUCAAACAGCAAAGUACCAUGCAAAGUAUAGUCGCAGCCCAUUAUAUUGUUAUAAUUUUGGGUUUGAUGGUGCUCUGGGUGUCUUCAAAAGUUGUUUUGGUGCAUCUCAUCUUCCUGGUGCUUGUCAUGUUGAUGAUAUUGGAUACUUAUUCCAUAUGUCAGUUGUUGAUAUCACUGUGGAACAUGACUCUAUAGAAAUGUCAACUAUACGAAGGAUGGUGAAAUUGUGGACAAAUUUUGCAAAGACUGGUGACCCUACACCACACCUGGAUACUGAUGUAAUGGUCAAGUGGACACCAUAUAGCCUGACAAACCCAUGUUACCUGAAUAUUGACAAGGAUCUCACCAUAAGGCAGAAUCUUAACAAAGAACGCAUGGAGUUUUGGGAUGAUCUAUACAAAUGGAGUACAGCAACAUCAAAACAGUGAAAUUAUUACAAAACAUAAGGGCACAUCAAAUGUGAUGUUCAUGGGCUGUCAGAAUGCACAUAUCAUUUAAUUUUUAUGUAAAAGUGAAAAAAUAAACUUGAUGUAUUAAUC